UUAACUGUCAAAGUCAUUUUAAAUUGCCUUGUUUAUUUAUUAAACUUUAAAUAUUACUUAAAUUUGAUCUGGUUUUACCUAUAUAUUAUAUAUUAAAUUUAAAAUGACUAAUACUAAACAGUUGAAAAUUACCAAGCUAUUUAAAAAGGGUGCGCCGAAGAUACCAGAAGAUUAUACAGAGCUUCUAGAAGAAAUAAAUGAGCUAGAAAAUAAACUUCAAGAAAAACAUAAUGAAUUAUUUCAAAUUCAAAGAAAUAAGUAUCGGAAAAAAGUUUCGCCAAUAAACAAAAAGAAAGAUUCGUUUAUUAGACCGCAGAAAAUUAUUCUGAGUAAUGCCGUAGAAAACCUUAAACGGAGUCUAGAACUGAUGUCGAUGUUAACAGGCAUGGAAGUUCAAUCAUAUGUAGCGGAUGACCAUUGUUGCAUCGUCUACCAUAUGCAGCACAGUUCAGGGCAUCUUGUCAAACAUGGUCUUAGAAUUGACAUGAGUUCUGAUGGGAAUGUGGUAUCCAAAUCUUCACUUCCUCUUGGCUUCAACCUAACGGCUGUGAUGGAAGACUUUGACAAUGUCAUGAUGCCAGAUUGUCUUGGUUCAAUCAGAAAGGCCUUAGUAGCAUAUUAUGAUAGACAAGAGCAAUUUGAAGCACUGACGAAACUAUUACACUUAGAAGCAGAAACGUUUAAAAUACUAGAUGGUUCACACAUAGAGAUCUCCUUCUUUGCUCAGAGCCAAGUAGAAGAAGAAGAAGAACAAUUCAGUGUUACUCUUAUACUAGAUUAUCGGGUCUAUGAUAUAAGGCCUAAGACUUAUUGCUUUAAGGAAAUUGGUCUACCGGAAGGAGCUUCAGAGAUUUUAAAAGAACAGUGUUUAGUUUUCAAAAGGAAGCCGUUAAAUAAGGCUUUUAAAGAAGCAUUCAUGAAUGAUAUUAGCACAUACAAACUUGUUCAACAGCUUGGUCCUCGACGUUCUGCUCGUGAAGUCAGAAAGACUAAACGAUUAAGGCCAAACAAACACCAAUACAAUAAUGAUGACACUUUCCUGCCAGAGGAUUGUUCGGAUCAAGGUGAUGACGAUGAUGUUAUUGAAGAUAUUGUAUAGAAAAGUUUUAUUUUCAUUCAAAUUUUCUUGUAUUUUAUUUUAAUUAUGAAGGGAAGUCUAAGAUAAAAUUUGAAAGUAAAUGUUAUUUGUUAUACUAUUUAACAUACAUACCUUUUUAAUCAUCAUAAAUCAGACAAUAAAACCAUAAUUUGAAAAAU